AUGGCAGCAGCAGCAGCAGCAGCAGCAGCAAGCCGCUGCUCGGAGCUGCUGGCUGUGGGCAAAGGCCCCGAAGGCUCCCCACUUUCUUCAAUUUCAAAACUGCGGACUUUUGAGUUAAAAGAAAUCGGCAGCAAAGAGUGGCUGCAGCAGCAAGCUGAGCUCGAGCAGCUUUCUGCUGCUCUUCAUGAAGAAGCCAUUAACGGGGGGCCCGAGACAACCCUGCAAUGUUUUUGUGAAGCAACAAAGCUUGGUGUGCUGAUAGAGGAAAUAAUCUCCAUUGAUUUGUGGAAGGAAAAAGUUUUGCCUUUUCUGAAAGAAGACUCCAGGGCCUCAAGCUUUGCUUUCUACCUCCCAUGCUGCUGCUGCUGCUGCUGCUGCUGCUGUUCGGGUUGCUGCUGUUGCCGCUUUAUGCGGCCUUGUUUCUGGAUCUGUAACGGUUUAUUUUGCUGCCGUUGUUGCUGUUGUCCUUGUUACUGCUGUUGCUGCUGGAGCACGAGCCAAGCAGCAGCAGCAGCGGUAGACCCCGCUGCUGCUGCUGCUGCUGCUGCUGCUUCUGCUGCUGCAGCGCAGCAGCAGCAAGAAGCAGACGUUGCCUUCGCCGUAGAAAUGUGCUGCUUGUCAAUUCUUCGAUUUAUUUGCGACAGCAGAAAAGACUUGCAAAUGACUGUCACCACUUUGCUGUACGAACAGUAUGGUGAGCCCGCGCCCCUCAGCAGCAGCAGCAGCAGCAGCAGCAGCAGCAGCAGCAGCAGCAGCAACAAGCAGCAGCAGCAGCAGCAGCAGCAAGCAGCAGCAGCAGCAGCAGCUGUAGUAGUCGCGCUUGUAGGAGUAGCAGUAAUGCUAGGAGUGGGAUUAGAAGUAGUAGUUGGGGAAGCAGCAGCAGCAGCAGCAGUAGUAGUAGUAGUCGUAGUAGCAGAAGCAGCAGCAGCAGCAGCAGCAGCAAGCAGCAGCAGCAGCAGCAGCAGCAGCAGCAGCAGUAGUAGUAGUACUAGAAGCAGCAGCAGCAGCAGCAGCAGCGGUGUCAGGGAAACACGGCAACGGGUCGGAACAACAACAGCAACAUCAGCAGCAGCAGCAGCAGCAACAGCAGCAGAAUCCGCACUGCAGGCGCAAGCAGCAAGACCAACAGGAGAUGCGGUAGCAACAUCUCUAACAGCAGCAGCAGCAGCAGCAGCAGCAGCAGCUGCUGCUGCUGCUGACUUUAAAAUGUUUGUAGCAGCAAUGGGAAGCAUGAGAGAGUUACAUGCUUGGAAUCAAAAGACACUGCAAUCAGCGAUCCUCGUCAUCGUUUGCUGCUGCUGCUGUUGCUGCUGCUGCUGUUGCUGCUGCUGCUGUUGCUGCUGCUGCUGUUGCUGCUGCUGCUGUUGCUGCUGCUGCUGUCGCUGUUCCUGCUGCUAUUGA